AUGGACGGAAACCAAACAGAAGUGAGAGAAUUUGUUCUGGCAGGCUUUUCACAGACAGCAUCUAUUGAGGCAGGGCUAUUUGCCUUAUUCUUUUUCUUCUAUGUGUCCACUUGGGUGGGCAAUGUUCUCAUCAUGGUCACUGUGGCUUCUGAUAGCCACCUGAAUUCAUCACCCAUGUAUUUUCUUCUUGGCAACCUCUCUUUCCUGGAUCUAUGUUAUUCAACAGUAACGACCCCAAAGCUUCUGGUUGAUUUUCUCAAUGAUGCAAAACUCAUUCCCUAUGAUCAGUGCAUAGUGCAGCUCUUUUUCCUACAUUUUGUAGGAGCAGCAGAGAUGUUUCUGCUCACAAUAAUGGCUUAUGACCGCUACGUUGCAAUUUGUCGCCCCCUGCACUAUACGACCAUCAUGAGUCGGGGAUUAUGCUGUGUGUUGGUAGUUGCUGCUUGGAUGGGAGGAUUUGUGCAUUCUACUGUCCAGACGAUCCUGACGAUCCGUUUGCCGUUCUGUGGACCAAACCAUGUGGACAACUUCUUUUGUGAUGUUCCUCCUGUCAUCAAACUUGCCUGUGCAGACACGUUUGUCAUUGAAUUGCUAAUGGUAUCUAACAGUGGGCUGAUCUCUACCACCUCCUUUGUGGUCCUAGUUUCUUCCUACACUACUAUUCUGGUCAAAAUUCGCUCCAAAGAAGGGAGACGAAAGGCACUCUCCACUUGUGGAUCACACCUUAUGGUCGUAACACUAUUUUUUGGACCCUGUAUUUUCAUCUAUGCCCGUCCCUUCUCCUCUUUUUCUGUGGACAAGAUGGUGUCUGUACUCUACAAUGUUAUCACCCCCAUGUUGAAUCCCCUCAUCUAUACACUUCGGAACAAAGAGGUCAAGUCAGCCAUGCGAAAACUAUGGAAUCGGAGUGGACUUACUAGGAAAGAGCAGGAGGUAUAA